UGCAACCCUCUCCUCUCAUCGACUGUCUCUACCUAGAGACGUGCCACUCCUUUGCGAGUAGCCAUGGCAAGACUGGGGCGCCCGGCCUUUUUGGCCAUCGCCGUCAUCUUCCACCUGGUGUACAUUUACUCCAUCUUUGACAUUUACUUCGUUAGCCCCAUUGUCAAUGGCAUGCGCGAGUUCCGCCUGGAAUCCAAGGAAGCUCCAGCUAAGCGAUUGGUCUUGUUUGUCGGAGACGGCCUGCGUGCCGACAAAGCCUUUCAGUACUUUCCCGACCCUUCGCCCCAAAACCCAGGCUCUCCGGAAGCUCUAGAGCCGCGCCCGCUCGCGCCCUUCAUCCGCUCCAAGGUCCUUGACCAUGGCACCUUCGGCGUCUCCCACACACGCGUUCCCACCGAGUCUCGCCCCGGUCACGUCGCGCUUAUUGCUGGCCUGUAUGAGGAUGUUUCCGCGGUUACGACGGGCUGGAAGCUGAACCCGGUCAACUUCGACAGCGUCUUCAAUCGCAGCCGGCACACGUGGAGCUGGGGCAGCCCUGACAUCCUGGCCAUGUUUAAGGAGGGUGCGGUACCUGGGCGCGUGGAUGCAGACAUGUACGGCUCUGAGGCGGAGGAUUUUACUCAGGACGCGGUACAAUUGGAUUACUGGGUCUUUGACCGGGUGAAGGCGUUGUUCCGCGAGGCCAAGAGCAAUGCAACGUUGAACGCGGCGCUGCGGCAAGACAAGAACGUGUUUUUCUUGCAUUUGCUCGGCCUUGAUACCACCGGUCAUGCCUACAGGCCAUACUCAAAAGAAUACCUACACAACAUAAAGGUCGUAGACCAGGGCGUGCAAGAGAUCACCGAGCUGAUCGAUGACUUCUACGGGGACGGAAAGACAGCAUUUGUCUUCACAGCGGACCACGGCAUGAGCGAUUGGGGCAGUCAUGGAGAUGGUCAUCCCGACAAUACUCGCACUCCUUUGGUUGCAUGGGGAUCGGGCGUGGCGCCGCCGGUCAAGGUUGCGCAGGGCAUUGCUGCUGGCCAUGACGAAUUGUCCUCGGAUUGGAACCUCGAUCACAUCCAGAGGAACGAUGUCGCUCAGGCAGAUAUUGCAGCGCUAAUGGCCUAUCUUGUCGGCCUCGAUUUCCCGACAAACUCAGUUGGCGAGCUGCCGCUGGCGUUCCUCAAUGCGGAUACAACGACCAAGGCGGAGGCCUUGCUCGUCAAUGCGAAAGAGAUCCUCGAAAUGUAUCGUAUCAAAGAGGAGCAGAAGAAGACCACUGUCUUGCGCUACAAGCCGUUCUUGGGCUUCGGAGAUGCGGAACACUCGAUUGAGCACCGCGUUGCCAAAAUCACGGAGACUAUUGAUAGCGGCAAGGCUGAAGAAGCGAUUCGGCAAUGCAUCAACCUGAUGAAGUUGGGGCUGGAAGGUCUCAGGUACCUCCAGACGUAUGACUGGCUCUUCUUGCGCGCGCUUGUUACUACGGGAUACUUGGGAUGGAUGGUCUUCGCCAUCACGACAGUCAUUGAUCUGCACGUCUUGCACGGCACAACAGAGACUUCCCGUACGACUGCAUCUGCGAUCUUUUUCUCUUCUGUCCUGGUCGCUCUUUAUUCAAUGCUGUUUAUUCAGCGCUCGAGGUGGACGUACUACGCCUACGCCAUCUUUCCCGUCAUGUUCUGGGAAGAGGUGUAUGCUCGUAGAAAAGCACUUGUCAGGGGCAGGGAAGCUUUGUUUGGACAUAUUGGUUCCGCAAAGGAUGUGCUGUUGCUGGUAGUCAAAUUUGCGGCAUCUUUGGGGUUGUUGGAGGCCAUUGUGCAAAGUUAUUUCCACAGAGAGGUUUUCACGAUCUGUUACCUACUUGCCACUCUGUGGCCCGUCUUCUAUGGCAUGGAUUUCAUCAAGAAACACCCAAUGCUUGUAGCUACCUGGUGGCUGUCUUGUGGAAUGAUGAGCAGUUUCACUCUUCUUAGCGCCAUCAAGGUGGAGGAUAUCAACAUGAUUCUCUUCGGUGGUUCUCUGAUGUUCGUGGCCGGCGCUCUGUACCUCGUCUACGAGAAGAGCAUACUGGAGCAGUCGACGUCUUCCAAUACCAGACUAGCCUCUUCACCAGCGGACGGGAUAUCUCGAACUAUCUUGGGUGUACAACUCGGACUCAUCGCUCUCGCGAUGGCUGUCACUAAAUCCAGCGUCACUUCUUUGCAAACUAAACAAGGACUUCCCCUCGGCACUCAGAUUGUCGGCUGGAUCGUCUUAGUGGCUUCAUUAAUGGUGCCAUUCCUCCACGGGUUACAGCCUAACAACCACUAUAUUCACCGUCUUGCCAUCAUUUUCCUUACCUUUUCCCCCAUCUUCAUCAUCCUCACCAUUUCCUACGAGGGCCUUUUCUACUUUGCCUUCUGUACGCUUCUGAUAACUUGGGUGCGCCUCGAGCAUCACAUCUAUCAAUACACGAAGUCUCAAAAACAAACCACGUCCACUGCGUCGCCGCAACAACCGGCGACCAGCGAACUAAACCCCUUGAGCCCGGCUCUCGCUGCGGCAAACGAGCGCCAAUCUGCGCUAUCACAGGGGAAGUACCGAUCCCUUACGCUUGCCGACGCGCGCAUCAGUCUCUUCUUCCUCUUUCUGCUGCAAAGCGGCUUCUUCAGCACGGGCAACAUUGCAUCGAUAUCGAGCUUUAGUCUCGAUGCCGUGUAUCGGCUGUUACCGGUGUUCGACCCGUUCUCGCAGGGCGCGCUACUGAUGCUCAAGAUCCUGGUGCCGUUUGCGCUCAUCAGCGCGAACCUGGGCAUCCUGAACCGGCGGCUGGGCGUCGCACCUAGCGCGCUCUUCAUGCUUGUCAUUGCCAUGGGCGACGUCAUGACGUUGCACUUUUUCUACAUGGUGCGCGACGAGGGCUCGUGGCUGGACAUUGGGACCAGCAUCAGCCAUUUCUGCAUUGCGAGCGGGCUGGGCGUGUUCGUGGCGGCGCUGGAGGGCGUGAGCGAGGUGUUUGUCGCCGGAGUCGAGUUUGGCGAUGUUCCAGGGGUGGGGUUUGUGCAGGAGAAGAUGGAACAGGUGGGAGAGGCUGUUAAGGGGGCUGUGGAGGGGGUGAAGGAGAAUGGCGUGAAAGCUGGUUAAUUGGGAGAGAGUUAGGAUACGCGUAGAGAUAUUGCAUGUAGAGGAGUUGAGAUGGGGUGGUUGCGUAAUGUGCAGUAAUGUAUUUCGUCUUUUUCACUGGAGUUGGUUGGUGCUUUGAAAGGAACUCUUGAGACUUCUUGGAGCAAAACGGUCAAGCAACACUGAAGGCCUGGAUUAGGGGUACAAAUUAUUUUCUGCAUAAUUUUUGAGUUUAGGCGGAGUAUUGGAUGCUCCUGGUUAUCUCCACGCUGCAGCGUGAAGGAAGGGAAAG